AUAGAUAUAAACUGCUUUCAUUAAUUUUGCUUUACAUAGUGUGAAGGAACAACACUCUCUGGCACCACUCUUAAGUUUACCGCUAACACGAGAAAGAAACAACACUCUCUGAACUCUUCUGUUUAAUAAAAGAAUGAUAAAGCAAGUUCCUCAAGUAGAUGAGGCAGUAAUGGUUAGGUUGAAGCUGUCACCAUGAGAUCAGCAAGGAAGAAAGAAAGUGAGGACCCAUGGCGGGGUUGGAAUGAGAGGGAGGCCAGCCUCAAGGACUUUUUAUCACCUGAGGUGUCCAUUGAAUGGUCAAGCAGUGAUGAAGAAUUUGACCCAAAAUCCUCUAAAAUUACUUCUCUAACUGGGGUAAAACUCAUUAAUUUAUCAAAAAACAAAACACCAUCAUUAGAUUUUCCAAAGAAAUUGGAAAAGAGGAAUGCUGAAUCAUUAAACAUUAAGAGUCAGAUAGACAGUGUGUUUAAUGAAGGGCCCUGUCACAGAAAUUCUUCAGAAUCAACUGGAAGGUUAAAACUGGAUUCCAAAAGAUUAGAUUUAUUACAAACACCAGUAACAAAAAAUUUUGCCAACUCUGGUGAGCAACACUUGCCUUCAAGCACUUUGGAGACUCCUAAAAAAGUUAGAUAUGACAGGAAAAUAUGUUUUGAGAAAGACCUCACAGUGUCACCAAUCAUAGGUUCACGCAGGAAAAUUAAACCUAAAAGACAGUUGUAUGAAUAUUCUUCACCAACAAAAUCCCCAGGUAAUGACAUAAACAACAUAGAGCCAACUUCCCCCAUUCUUGGAUCACAAUAUAAGCAAAGAACUGUAUACAAAUUUAAAUGUUUUGACAUAAACCUCAGUACAGGUAUUAAUUUUACAUCUAAACAAUUACAUGAUGGUGCUGGAAAUUUAAAAUCACAGAGUGAAAUAACUCAAGAUGUGGCUGAGACACCCAGUGUAAAAGCUUCUAUCACAGAUGAGAAUGCAAAGUCAAUACUCAAAAGGAGAAAGCUCAGUAGGGGAUACACUCCGGAAAGACAGAAAGAAAGACUCAGUAAAGAAAAAGCUAAAGUAGAGGAGAAAGAAUGUAGUACCACUGUUAAAGAGUCAUCAUGUGUGUAUAAUGAAUCUCAGAAAAAAGAUGCUGAAAAUAACUUUAUGAAAAGGAAAACAAACCUUGACGUAGACAAUAAGUCCAACAACUUCAAAACCUGUAAGGCUGAAGAAAGAGAUCACUGGAAUAUGAGAAGGAAUUUACAAGAUCACAAUCUUGGAGAAAGAACUUCUAGAUCCUCAUUUUUUAAAAAUUAUUUUCUCCAACAUAAGGAAGAAACAUGUGGUGGUGAUAAGAAUUGCAUUGAACACAACAGUUCACAGAAUGGUAAUCCAGUGACUAAAGUGGCUGAUAGUCAGUCUGACGUAGAGAUUGACAGUAUUUCUUCACCGUUGAAAGACACUCCUUCCCAUAAUGGGACGCCUUCUUUGGAAAGUGAUAAUCCAAGCAUCUCAUGUGGGUCAGCUCCAUCACCGCCUCCAUCAACUAAAGAGCAGCAGGAAGUCCUGAAGACUGGUUCUGCUUGGCUCAGAACUCUUCAACACACACCAGAAAAACCCUCAAGUAAAGAGGACACUGAAGGGGCAGUGGAAUCAGCAAAAAAGAAACCAAAGAAGGAUGGCCAUGGAUGGAGAACGCGUUGUCUAAUACAGUCAAGGCAGUCCAGUGUUAACAUAUGGAUCCACCAGAUGUCCCUCACAAGUUUGCAUUGUCAGAAGACUCCAUCUUUAAAAAACAAAUUACAAACUGAUUUAAAAGUAUUCAAACUUUCUUCUCCUGGUCCUGGAGGAGAAUGUUCCACACACAGUUCUCAUAAAAUUUUCUCAUCCUCAGUGGUUAAAAAUUUGGAAAAUGUUCUUAUAGAAAGUCCAAAAUCAUCACUCGGUGCUUCAUUCUUACCAAGGAAAUAUAUGUGUCUGAAGAUUCUAAAAGUUGGUGUCCCAAGUAAUGCAGCUCUGUGUAAGGUCAUCUUCUGUACACCUGAAAUAUUUCAGAAAGGUAUAAAAAUGGAAAAUAAUAAAGAAGGGAAGCAUGAAGAGGGAGAAAAUGGAUCCAAAGGAAAAUAUUUAGUAUAUUUUUCUUUACAAGAGCAAAAAUUGACCAUCGCCCUACGUGUCAAUGAUGAGGUUAAAGUUUAUUGUCCGUGGCAUACUUUAGGUCUUCAGUCCCACAGCACCCCGGUACUCUUUACAUCUCACUUCAUCAUGCAGGAGGAUCAACUUAUGAUAAAUAAGAAGCAAGAGAUGAAAGAUUUAUACAGCUUUAAAAAUGAAGAAAACAAAAGAGGCACAAAGAGCUUGCUGCCAUCCACAAACAAGUCAGGAACCAAGUGGAAGCGUGUCCUCACCACUUGGACCUGCUCAUGUACUAAAGACACAGCUGUGUUACCAUCUAUGUGUAAAACUCAUCUUUAUGCAGCUGCUCGUAUACGUGCUCCAAGAGUAAAUAUUAAGUUAUUGCGCAGUCUUCACACAAGUUUCACUGAUGUUAAGGACACACCAGAAGGAGCUAAACGAAAGACUAGAGUUCAUCCUACCUGGACAAUUUUGGAGGCUAUCGAAAUAUGUGCCGGGAUUUCAGAUGUGCCCGUCACCAUUACUAUACGAGUUCACCGCAUCGUAAGUCACAGAGGAACUGAAGGUGAAAUAACAGAUUGGGAGUUAGUGGGUCAAGAUGCUGCUGGAAUGUUCUGCACAGUAAAGAUCCCCAACCGUCCCCUGGCCAAUAAGUUGACUGGUUUACUGGAAGGAGAAGGUGACACACAUACAUUGACACACGUUUCAGUACAUCAGCGCCUUACCAAUACUCAAAAUCCUGGUUUGUUCUCUCUGAUAUCAUCACUACACACAGCCUACCAGGCAGAAGUACGCAGUAAUAAGCUCAUCUACCCGCUUCUGCAAGACAAAGCUUCUUGCCCUACUCAAACGUAUUGCUAUGCAUUUACUGUCUCUUUAGGAUUCACUGAACUGUUGCAUAGUGGGUAUGAAGUGGUUAUCCCAAUUACACUACCCUAUUGGUCAUUACAGGAGGCACUGCAGGUUCCUUGUGAUGGCCAACGUGGCAACUUGAGUCUUCACAUCCUUUACAAAGUCGAUUCUUUUCUUUAUGUUAUUGACCAGUCCAUAAAAACUGAAGUGAUACCACAUUUCCAAACCCACGAAAGCAAGAAAGAAAAGGGGGAAAAGUCGGAGCACGAGAAGAAAGAAGUUGCUGAAGAUAAUACUGAUAAAGAAGAAACUGUGGUGGGGAAGGUAAUAGUGGGGGACGACACUGCUCUUCCACAGGGCAUAUCAGAGAGUGGCACUGUGAUGCAGAGUGCUCUUGUGAGGGAUGCUCUAAUAUGGAAUGGAAAUGUAAUUGUGGACGAGUACAGCUUGAUACAGCACCAGGAGAGUAAGAUGAGUAUUACUCUGGCUACCUUACUCAAAAUCGUUAACCCACUGUCAUCUAACACCCAAUGUGAUGAUCUCGCUGUUGUCUCAGGUACUAUAAUGAGAGUAGAAGAAGAAAGUGCCCAUCACUGGCCAACCUGUAGCAGUUGCAAGAGUGAUAAAGUUGUGGAGAUUCAAGAUGGUUCAGUAGACUGUUCAGCAUGUGGACAAAAAUCCACUGUUCCUGGAACAGGAUACAACCUAGAAGUGUGGCUCAUGUAUGGCUUAAAACUUCGAUUUAUAGAAGUGAAGAUUCAGCUUUACCAAAGAACCAUUGAAAAGCUACUACAGAGUGUAUUUUCCUCUAAUCAACAAGAGGAGCUAGAUGCUGCCUUGCUGGUCGGUGAAUGCAUAGGACCAGCAGUGUGUGUGGUACAGAAUUCAAGAAAAAUAAAACAAACAGGCUUCCAAAUCUACACCCUCCUUGAGCUCCCAUAUUGAACUUUAAACCACUAAACACCUGUACUAAACACAAUUUUUACAAGACUUGUUUCUUAAUUUGGUUUACAAAAAUUAGAAUUUAUUUAUUUUGGUGCUAUGCUUUGAUUUAUGAAUGAAAACCCCAAGAUUAUGAUUUUUUGAGGGUGUUUUCAUAUUUUUCCUAAGUAAAGUAUAUCUAUUUAUUUUGUUAAUUAUGUUACUACGGGUAUUCUUUAACACUCACAAAUAUUUUGUUAAUUUAUGUUACUAUUCUUUAACACUCACAAACAAUGUUAUUAAGUUCACAACUAAGCUUUCAAUGUGUCAUCACUGUCGUACAAUUAUCAUAUACUGUACUAACUUUCUCCUCAAACUAACUAAAGAUGAGUACAGGUACAGUACUGUAAAUUUUUCUCCACCACCAUUGUCACUCAGCUAAUUGCGUGUUUACCAAUUUCUUAUCAUGCGCUCUCAUGUAUACUAUAUGUGGAAGUAAAAAAAAAAUUAAAGUAUUUUGUUUUCUCAAAUUUUACAUGAUAAUACUGUACUGGGGUAUGCUUAAUACAAAACAGUACUACAGUACAGUAUAUGUUUUUUUUUUAGUUUAUCUUUACAAAGUGACCAGGUUCAGCACAGGAAGCCCAAGAUACCUGUGUCACAACCUUAGUAUAUUAUGAUGCUGUGAAAAAAAAAAUAAUUUUUUUGUUGGUAAAUUGAAAGAAUGUCUUUUUUUUUCAUAAAUCAGGGCUGACCUGUACUGUAUGUAUCAUAGCACAUAUCUCCCUACCCUAGAGCUGCUCCUCCUCACUCUCAUAUUUUCUACUUUACCUCAUUAUGGUCUUUUUAACACUUUCUUUAACCUUUGUCAAUUACUGUGUCAAUCUAUCUCCACUGUCAGAUCUUAAUUGAGAAAUAUGCAGAAUAUAUAAAUCUUUGCCUAAAAUGUUGAACCAUUUGAAACUAAAGAAUGCCUGUACCCGGUAUAUGAUGCAUGUGACUUGUGGAAUAUGGGAUACUUUGUUGUACUAUUAUUGUUGAUUAAAGUUUGGUACACAA